CUUGGCGCUCCCUUUUCUCUGAGGAGCAAGACUGCCUGUAGUCCAGGCCUGCCAGGAUGCUGAGGUGGGCCCUGUUUGCCUUAGUGGUGCUCCGAGCCAGAAUGGACCUGACGAGCGAGGCUGCUGCUUUGACCGAAAUCCAUCGUGCGGGAUACUGUUCCUUCUAUGGCAGCUGUGAUCAGAAUCCUGAAGUUAAUGGUUCUGGAAUCACUACGCCUUGCCUUUCCAACACCCCAGCCCGGCUAGCCCAUGGCUCCCACCUCAUCCUCCUCAAGACCAUCUGCCCAAUGCUGUUCAAGGGAGCCAGCAACACCCACAUCUGCUGCUCGGAGAAGCAGCUAGAGUUUUUGGAGAGCAGCUUCUCACUGUCCCGGGCCCUGCUGUCUCGCUGCCCAGCCUGCAUGGAGAACUUUGCCAACAUCCACUGUCAGACCAUCUGCAGCCCAGACCAGAGCCUCUUUACCAACGUGACCCGGUACUUCAAUCGCACCAUUGUGGGAGGCCUACAGGUGGGCGUGCUGGAGUUUCAGUGUUACUACAACCAGCACUUUGCUGAGGAAACCUAUCAAUCGUGCAAGGGGGUCAGGCUGCCAGCCACUGGAAAUUCAGUCAUAAGUACCAUGUGCGGCAAGUACGGGGAAGCUGCGUGCAACACCCAGCGAUGGCUAGAUUUCCAAGGAGAUCCAAGAAAUGGGAUGGCCCCCUUGGCCAUCUCCUUCCAACUCAAACCGGGGGACUGGGCUGCUGAGGAGGGAGACAUUUUGCCACUCAAUGGGACACCCUGGAAGUGUAGUGAGGCUGUAAACAAUGGGACAAAGUGCUCCUGCUCGGACUGUGAACAGUCUUGUCCUGCCAUCCAGCCUCUUCCCUCUGAAUCUCAGCCCUUCAAAGUGGGGAACAUGGAUGGAGUCCUGUUUAUCUGUAUCCUUCUCUUUUCUAUCCUCACACUAUCAUUUAUAUCCUUCCUAUUGUGGCGAAGAUACUUCUCAUCUAAGAAGCAAAAGGAUCACAGCGCAAAGGAUGCAGCAACUAAGUUGACUGGCUCUGAGAAGGUGAGUCAGGCCAUGUAUGGUUUCUUCAUUAGGGCCUUCAGCAGCUGGGGCAUAUUGGUGGCCUCUAAUCCCAUCACAGUCAUUAUCAUUUCACUAGCAAUUGUGGUGGGACUCUCCAGUGGACUGAUCUGGAUGCAGCUAACCACAGACCCUUUGGAGCUCUGGUCCUCUCCUGACAGUCAGGCCCGGCAGGAGAAAGCACUCUAUGAGGAGAACUUUGGGCGCUUCUUCAGGACCAGCCAAGUCAUCCUGACAGCCAAGAACCAUUCAAGCCACAUUUAUGAUUCUCUUUUUUGGGGCAAGAAGAACUUUAGUGGGGUCCUCUCUGAAAAGGUGCUUUUGGACCUGAUGAGCCUGCAGGUAAAGCUGCGAGACAUGGAGAUCUGGUCUGAAAAGCAUCAUAGGAACAUCACCUUGAAAGAUAUUUGCUAUGCACCUCUGAAUCCCCAGAAUGCCAGCCUCUCUGACUGUUGUGUUAACAGUCUGUUGCAGUUCUUCCAGAACAAUCGUACUGCCUUUUUGUUGACAGCCAACCAGACCGUGGAUGGGAAGACUGGCACAGUAGACUGGAGAGACCAUUUUCUUUACUGCAUCAACUCUCCAACCUCUUUCCAAGAUAUCACAGAACUGAAGCUGAGCUGUAUGGCAGACUACGGAGCCCCUGUGUUCCCCUUCCUAGCUGUGGGUGGCUACUCAGGGCUGGAGUACUCAGAAGCACAAGCUCUCAUCCUCACCUUCUCCUUGAACAACUUUCUCUCCAGUGACCCAUAUUUUGACUUCGUGAUGUUGUGGGAGAAGCAUUUCCUGAAGGUUGUGCAGGAAUUCCAGAAAAAUCACACUGAGAAAUACACCGUUGCCUACAUGGCUGAGCGCUCCCUGGAGGAUGAAGUGAGCAGAACCACCUGGGAAGACCUCCCCAUCUUUCUCACCAGCUACUUGGUGAUCUUCGUGUACAUGGCAGUGGCCCUGGGCGAGUACUCCAGCUGCAGGCGCAUCCUGGUGGAUGCCAAGGUGACCAUCGCUCUUGGCGGAGUCCUCGUGGUCCUGGGGGCUGUGCUGUCAUCUUUGGGCUUCUUCAGCUUUGUAGGGCUGCCCUCAUCCCUCAUUAUUCUUGAAGUGGUACCUUUUCUGGUGUUGGCGGUUGGCGCUGAUAACAUCUUCAUCUUUGUUUUGGAAUACCAGCGAUCUCAGCCACUGCCUGGGGAAACCCCUGAGCAGCAUCUUGGGCGCACUUUGGGUGAUGUUGCCCCCGGCAUGCUCCUGUGCAGCCUCUCUGAAGUCAUCUGCUUCUUCUUGGGGGCCCUGACGCCCAUGCCUGCGAUCUGGACCUUUGCCCUCUCUGCAGCCCUGGCCGUGCUCUUCGACUUCCUGCUCCAGAUCUCGCUGUUUGUGGCGCUGAUGUCCUUGGAUGUCCGCAGACAGAAGGCUUCUCGUGCUGAUCUCUGCUGCUGCCUCCGCUUGGCUGAACAUGGCCCAGUGAAACCACAUGAAGGGCUCCUCCGCACAUUCAUGCGCCGGUUCUACACGCCAGCCUUGCUCGGCAGCAGCAUUGUCCGGGCUCUGGUGGUGCUAUUCUUCACCCUCCUUUUCUGUGCUGGCAUCUUCCUGACAUUCCACGUUGACGUGGGGUUGGAGCAAGAACUGGCAGUACCCCAGGACUCCUACAUGCGGCUGUACUUCCAGUAUAUCAACCAGUAUUUUAUGGUGGGCGCCCCAACCUACUUUGUUGCCACUGCUGGCUACAACUUCUCCACGGUGCCUGGAAUGAAUGCUAUCUGUUCCAGUGUGGGGUGUAAUAAUAACUCCAUGACGCAGAAGAUCCAGACUGCCACACGGUUCCCUGAGAAGUCCUUUCUGGCCAUUCCUGCUUCUUCCUGGGUAGACGACUUCAUUGACUGGUUGAACCCCUUAUCCAGAUGUUGUCGCAUUCACGCCUAUGGCCCUGAGAAGGGCGAGUUCUGUCCCUCAACUAACCCCUCCCCUUCCUGCAGGUGGGGCAGAUGCAUAACCACCUUCAGUGGCACCCUCCGGCCGAACACAGAAGAGUUCAACAAGUUUCUGCCCUGGUUCCUCCAUGAUCUCCCCAACCUACAAUGUCCCAAGGGGGGCCUUGGUGCUUAUGACACAUCUGUGCGGCUGGGGCCUGAUGGGCAGAUCUUGGCUUCCCGGUUCAUGGCCUACCAUACCCCCCUGAAAACCUCCCAGCAGUACACGGCAGCACUGAAGGCAGUACGGGAGUUGGCAGCUGACAUUACAGCUAUCCUGAGGGAAGUCCCCGGCACCGAUCCAAACUUCCAGGUCUUCCCAUACACAAUCACCUACGUGUUUUUUGAGCAGUACCUGACUCUUACUAUUGUUGGCAUCAUCAAUCUGGCCCUUUGCCUGGUGCCCACCUUUGCCGUGUGUUACAUCCUGCUGGGCAUGGACCUGCGUUCGGCCUUCCUCAAUCUGCUUACCAUCAUCAUGAUUGUAGUGGACACUGUGGGUGCCAUGACUCUUUGGGGAGUCUCCUAUAAUGCUAUCUCACUCAUCAACUUGGUCACAGCAGUGGGCAUCUCUGUGGAAUUUAUCUCCCACGUCACCCACUCGUUUGCUGUCAGCACAAGACCCACCAAACUGGAGCGCUCCAGAGAAGCCACAAUCAACAUGGGAAGUGCGGUGUUUGCUGGUGUGGCAAUGACUAACUUGCCAGGCAUUGUGGUCCUGGCAUUUGCCAAGGCCCAACUGAUCCAACUCUUCUUCUUCCGCCUGAACCUCAUCAUCACACUCUUAGGAACGCUGCAUGGCCUGGUUUUUCUGCCUGUCAUCCUCAGCUACUUUGGGCCCGCUGUCCGCCAAACAACGGCACAAGUACAGCCAAGAACGGAAAACUCGCCCAUCCCUCUGGAAGACAAAGAGGUCCAUAGCGCUGAUCAGACCUCUCUGAGUCACCGCCAGGCUCCAGCCCCAAGUUGUGAUCUAGACAGAGCUGGCACCUAGAAGCCUCCACACCCGUCUGCAGGACAGAAACCUUGGCAAGAAGCCGGCCCAGUCAGCCAGCCACCCUGAGCAGACGCAGGAGAGACACGGGUCCUCCUGCUUUUCACUGCACCAUGUGAAGAGCUGGUCUCACGUGUCAUGCUAAGCCACUAGAUGACUUGCUUAUUUGCGUUUUAGAACGUUGUGUGCCAAUUGCGUGACUUCAUCGCAAAUCCUGAUUAAAGCAAAACAAGACUUAGUGAGAUGUGAUAGCCAGCAGUGAGUUCACACAUUGUGCUAAACCAAGUAAGCAAUGGGUUACUUAAUAAACUACAGUUCAUUGUGUUCACCUGA